AGCGGUUCUGUCCAAUUUCUGAUGGCUAACAAGUUGGAUACAGCAAUGUGGAUUUCCCGCUUGUUCACAGUUUACUGCUCAGCUUUAUUUGUCCUGCCUCUUCUAGGGUUGCAUGAAGCAGCAAGCUUUUAUCAGCGUGCCUUGCUGGCAAAUGCUCUUACUAGUGCCCUCCGACUACACCAAAGGCUACCGCACUUUCAGCUUAGCAGGGCGUUUCUGGCCCAGGCUUUGCUCGAGGACAGCUGCCACUACCUGUUGUACUCUCUUAUCUUUGUAAAUUCCUACCCUGUUACAAUGAGUAUUUUUCCAGUUCUGCUGUUCUCUUUGCUUCAUGCUGCCACAUAUACAAAGAAAGUUAUUGAUGCACGGAGUUCAAAUAGCCUGCCCUUUCUGAGAAAUCUUUUAGACAAAUUGAAUGCUAAUCAACAGAAUAUUCUAAAAUUCAUUGCUUGCAAUGAAAUUUUCCUCAUGCCAGCUACAAUUUUUAUGCUUUUCAGUGGGCAAGGGAGUUUGCUCCAGCCAUUCAUUUACUAUAGGUUUCUUACGUUACGCUACUCCUCUCGGCGAAAUCCAUACUGUCGGACUCUGUUCACCGAACUGAGGAUUGUUGUUGAACACUUAAUAAUGAAGCCAUCAUGUCCUGUUUUUGUAAGAAGACUAUGCCUGAGCAGCAUUUCCUUUAUAAGCAGAUUGGCACCAACUGUUGCAUAGCUGAAUUUCAGGCACUUGUGUUUUGUGAACAUUAUGAGCAGCUGGCACUUCUGAUGAUGAUUCUAAGCUCCUGGUUUUACACUGAUCUCA